AUGCCAAAGCAAGAGGCUUUCCACCUUCACCCUCUGGGCUGGGAAAACGACCCAGAAGAGGAACGCUUCAAGAUCUCAACCCUCGACUACCUAAUAAGUCUAACCUACUGCAACUUCGCCAUCUUCUUCAGACUCGCCGACGAAGACAAACCGCGCGUUAUCGACAUCUUAAAAGCCGGCCUUUCACGCACGCUCAGCCAAGUCCGCAACCUCUGCGGAACAAUCGAGAAAGACCCCGGUGGUGGCCAUUCCUUCGUCAAGAAAAGAGACAGCACAGUCCGCUUUAUAGUUCAAUGGCUUGACGCACCUGAAGACAGCACCGUCUACCCAUCCUUCGAUGACAUCGCCCAGCGCAAUUUCUGCUGCGCUGCCUUGGGCGACCUGAAUGAGUGGAGCGUGCCCCCGAUGACAUAUGGCGAGAAGCCAGAGGCAAAUCCGGACAUCAGUCCUACUACUGCGGCGUAUAAAGCAAAUUUUGUACGCGGCGGGCUAGUCCUCAUCAUGCAUCAUCACCACUACGCAAAUGAUAUAAUGGGAUGGGCGGGCCUUGCGCAUCAACUCGCAGAGAAUUGCUACGCGGUGACGAACGGAACACCCUUUCCACCAUGGGAUCCUGCAUGCCUGGACGUAUCACGAGUAACAAAACCCGAAGUCGCUGAGGAAUCCAAGGUCGAUGGUCGUCCCGCGCCGCAGCACCAUCCAGAUCAUAUCCCUGCUGAAAUGCUUCUCUUCCACCUGCCGAAGAGCAAGGCAGCCGAGCUCAAAAUGUUAAUGCUUGCAGGACUCCCCGAGGGAACCCGCAUCUCGACAUACGAUGCAUUCUCUGCGUUCCUGUGGCGUACAGUCUCUCGUCUCCGCGCACCGGUCUUCAAAGCCGACUUAUCAGAACCGCUAUUCUGGUCAGAGGCAGUUGAUAUGCGGCGCCGGAUGCACAGCCCGAAAGUGCCCCCACGGCUACAGCACUGCGUAAUAUCCGCAGCGCUGUCAACAACUGCACCCGUAAAGGCCCCAACAGCCGCGGAAGUAAUCUCCGAAUGGCCGCUGCCAAAACUCGCCUUGUAUAUCCGGGAGAUGACAAACAGCACCACGCAAGAGGCUCUCGAUGAGAUGCUAACGGCCAUUGCACCUAUCCGCGACAAGUCUGCGCUGAACCUCCGCAUUGAUUCGUGCCCUCCUAUGUCGAUAUUGCAGACGGAUCACCGCAAUGCAAAUAUCACGAGUGCGGACUUUGGGUUCGCGAAGCCAGUUGUAUACCGGCAUCUGUUUGAUCGGAUGACGCAGGGCGUUAUUGUUAUUUAUCCGCCCAGGAAUCCCGCGCCGGAGUCGGACGAGGGGCCUGAGUUUUCGAUUACGUAUGAGAUUAGUUUGAAGCAGGCGCUUAUUGAGGAUGUGGAGUGGCGUAGGUAUUUUGAGUAUCGUGGGGUGGAUGCUAUUGACGCGUGA